UACAAGUUUUCGAAUUUAAAUUUUCCAAAGAUAUUACACAUCUUUGGAAUUUCCAUAGUUGAUUGACAAUAUAUUUGUUCUGUAAUAAAACUUUACAGUAAUGCCACCUAAAAAAAACGACUCAAAACAGGCUGCUAAAAGCAGUAAGGGUGGAGAAGACAAGGGAGCUGCAAAAGAAAAAAAAGGUGGUACUGCAGUGAAAGUGCGACAUAUUCUCUGCGAGAAGCAGGGAAAAUGUUUAGAAGCACUGGAAAAAUUGAAAGCUGGACAAAAAUUCCCAGAAGUAGCUGCUGCAUACAGCGAAGACAAAGCUAGACAGGGGGGCGAUUUAGGUUGGAUGACCAGAGGAUCAAUGGUCGGACCAUUCCAAGAUGCAGCUUUCGCACUACCUAUAUCAAAUGUAAAUAAUCCUGUAUAUACUGAUCCACCAGUUAAAACGAAGUUUGGGUAUCAUAUAAUUAUGGUCGAAGGCAAGAAAUAGGCAUAGCUGUAAUGUAACGUAUUGUUUGCUCGAGCUUAAGGAAAAAGAGUUUCUUAAGAAUAUCUGAUACCCCCACAAUCCUCCCUACAAGCAUAAUUGUAUACAUCAAUAAGGAUUUUCCAAUUAAAUAUUUUUAUUCAAA